AUGGACAAGAUAUCCGUGACACAGGUAAAUGACGUUUUCUACAUAGAUCAAUUCGAUGGUAAUGCACAUAUUCGUGGAACCUUACAUUUAACUCUGACGCACAUAUUUUUUCUUGGAUUAUCUCGAAAACAGGAAAUAUGGUUACCGAAUCAACUAAUUUCUUCAGUUGAACGUCUACCGUUAACUACUGGUGGUGCACCUUUGAUUAUACGUGGAAAAGAUUUCCAUGUAAUUCGUUUGGUUGUGUUAAAAGAACGAGAUUGUCACGAUGUUUAUUCAACAUUGACACGGUUACUUUGUGUUGCACAUGUGUCUGCACUCCCGUGUUAUCAAUUUGUACCGCCGGAUUGUUAUUGGUCUCAAGAAGAAGGCUGGUCAACAUUUUCACUUAAGUCUCAGUAUGAUCGAUUUGGAUUACCUAAUUAUUUUUGGAGUCUAACUAAUGUUAACGAAAAUUUUGAGAUAUGUGAUACUUAUCCACCCGUAUUAUAUGUUCCAAGUAUGGUAUCAAAGAAUAUUUUGUAUGGAAGUUCACGUUUUCGCAGUCGUGGCCGAUUCCCCGUCUUAACUUACUUACAUCCAAAUGGGAAGUCAGCUUUGUGUCGAAGUAGUCAACCGUUAGCAGGUUUUUCAUCAAAAUCAACCGAAGACCAAGUACUUUUAGAAGCUAUACGUAAUUCAAAUCCCGAUUCGAAUAUAUUAUAUGUUGUUGAUACGCGACCAGCAAUUAAUGCAUUUACUAAUCGUGCACAAGGCAAAGGUUAUGAAGAUACAAAUGUUUAUCGUAAUGCUGUCAUACAAUUUUUUGAUAUUGAAAAUAUCCAUGUUGUUCGUUCAUCGUUAGAAAAAUUACUAAAAGUAUGUUGUAAUCCAACAGUUAAUGUGGAACAAUUUACUUCUGGUUUAAAUAAAUCUGGUUGGUUGAAACAUUUACAUGCUAUAUUAGAAGCAGCUUAUUUUGUCGCAAAACGAUUAGAUGAAGGAAAUUCUGUACUUGUACAUUGUUCCGAUGGAUGGGAUCGUACUGCUCAAGUUUGUGCCCUAGCUCAAAUUAUAUUAGAUCCAUAUUAUAGAACAUUUCUAGGGUUGCAAGCUUUAAUCGAAAAAGACUGGAUACAAUUCGGUUACAAAUUCACUGAACGAUGUGGUUUAGUGUCAGGUGCUGAUCCCCGUGAAAUCUCCCCAAUAUUUACACAAUUUCUUGAUUGCUUACGACAUUUGCUAGAAAUCUGCCCAACUAAAUUUGAAUAUAAUAUUAAAUUACUAAAGUAUUUACAUGAUCAAAUUUAUUCAGCCGUUUAUGGAACAUUUAUUGGAUGUAGUGAAAAAGAAAGAGUCAAUUUAAAAGUUCAACAAAACACUUACUCUUUAUGGGGUUAUUUAAAUCGAUAUCGUGACAGAUGGAUUAAUCCAUUCUAUGAACAUAAUUCUGUAUGGAUCGAUUUUUCUAUUGACGGGGGUGGCAGGGGUAACUACAAAUACAAUAUAUCAUCUCAUUUUGAAACCGAUGAAUUAAUUACUGUUGGAAUUGAGUUGAUUAGUGAUGGUAAAGGGAAUAGUCGAUAUGCAGCGGAUAUACUACCUGUAUAUAUUCUAUGUGCACCUUUAUUUCGUUUAUGGCGUGAUCUUUAUUUACAUUGGGAAUGGCGUUUGCCUAAAUACGAUUUACAACGUGAAAAUUAUGUUUCGGAUUAUUUAUCCGGUCUGUCAACUCUACUCGAUCACAAUCGACUUUUAGAGGCUAGAAUCGGUCAGUUGCAAGAAUUAUUAAAUUUUAAAAUUGUAUUUGGUAAGAAUAAUCUAUCUAAUUCAAUGGAAAAAUCUAUCACAUCUAAGCUUAUGAACAAUGAUGGAAAUGAACAGACGAUCAUAGAUACUAUCUCCAAUUUAUUUCAUUUUCAACGUACAAUCACAUCGUCACCAACCCUUAACAAUAAUGCUAAUAAUCAUUCUCGUGUUCUUACAAAACAGAAUUCAAUUACGAGUGAUCAAAAGCGUUUAUCUCAACCCACCAUUGGACAAUUGAAAUGUGAGAUGAGUAUAAUCAACGUGAACUGGACACAUUGCUUUAAAUCAGGAAGUUUAUGCUGUGUAUGUAAUAGUUUGUUAGCUUUGUCAAAUCAAUCGGUUCAUUGUCAUUCAUGUGGUCUGCUUACAUGCUCUCGGUGUAUUCACUCAAACCCACCAAAAAUCCCAAGUUUAUGGUCAAAUGAACAAAGAUCUGUACAGUUUUGUAAUCUAUGCGCCUCCGGAUUGCGUAAUAUCUGUAAUUACAGCAGCAGUGCUGGCAGUUCUCAUGUAAAACAUUUUACUCAAAUGGAAUCACUUGAAAUUCCUGCUACUACCACUACUGCAUAA